GGGAGAUCGGAGUUUAGUCUUCGGGCUGGCUAUAAUUAGCCAAGUGGGACCGCUGCUGGGAGCUGUACACAGCGGCGCUAAGCAGAGGGGGUAUUCAAGUGAAGGCAAGCACAGGUCUGCUGUCUCCCGCCGGGGACUAAAAGAGAGCAAGUGGAAAGGAGGGCUUGACCCUGGCCUAGAUGGCUACAGGAAACCUUCCCUUUCCAACGUCGUCCCUGGAGAAGGGGAAGAAACAGGAUGACAGCGACGACUCUGCGGAGCCUGAGGUGCUGUGCAGCUUGGAGCACCCCGGGCAGUUCUUCGCUGAAGCCCAGAGGCUGCGGGAGCAGAAGCUGCUGCUGGACGAGGAGGUGUCAGUAGGGGGCCAGGUAUACGGGGUGCAUCGGGUGAUCCUCGCUGCAAUCAGCAGCCUCUUCCAGGGCAGGCUGAGCGGCGGCGGAGGUCAGCAGCCUCGCCUCUGCCUCGACGUGACCCGGAGGGGCUGGGAGGCUGCAAUGACCUUUGCGUACGAGGGGGUGCUGGGGGGCCCCGCCUCGCAGGGCGAAGUGCUGGCUGCUGCGGAGGCGCUGGGAGCGCCCCGGGUGAAGAACGCGGUCCGGCUGCGGCCGGAGGGGCUCGGCAAGGCCGGGGGAGACGAAGAGAAGCUCAGCCGGGCAGAGGAGCUGCGGGAGAACCUGCGCAGCAUUGAGCGCCUGUAUCGAGAGGGCAUCGGGUGCGACCUGGAGCUGGAAGCCGAGGGCUACCGCCUGCGCGUGCACCGAGUAGCCCUGGCCUGUGGCAGCGAGUUCUUUGGGGCCAUGCUUCUGAGUGGGAUGAGGGAGUCCCAGGGCACAAAGGUGUGUCUGCAUACCAUCUCUUCCCAAGACCUGAGAUUCCUCGUUUCCUUUGCCUACUCUGGAGUUGUACGAGAAAGAUGGCCAGGACUGCUAAGAGUCGCCCAGGCUGCGCUGCAGUACCAGAGCUCCUCCUGCCUGGAUUUGUGUCAGAGAGCCUUGGCUCAAAGCCUCUGCCCUGCCCUUUGCCUGGCUCUGUUUCCUAUGGUUGAAGCCCCUGGACUGGAGAAAGUCUGGGGGAAGGCCCAUCGUUACCUCCUCAGUCAUCUGCCCGCUGUGGCCUUGUGCCCUGCUUUCCCGUCGCUGCCGGCUACCUGCCUGGCUGAGCUCUUGGAUAGUGAUGAGCUCCACGUACAAGAAGAGUUCGAGGCUUUCACGGCUGUGCGGCGUUGGCUGGCUGCCAACCCCGAAACCCAGGAGUCGGAGGCCAAGGCCCUGCUGCGAUGUGUCCGCUUUGGCCGCAUGUCUACCAGAGAGCUGAGGAAGGUGCGGGCAGCUGGGCUCCCUCCACCUCUGUCCUCGGACCUGCUGUACCAGCUGAUGGUGGAAGCCGAAAUUCCAGGACAAGAGAGGUGGAGGCAGCCUGACCAAGCGCUGGUGGUGAUCGGUGGGGAUGGGCUCAGACCGAACAUGGACCGAAGACAGCCAUCUCGCAAAGUGUGGUGGGCCCGGGCUUUCCACUGUGGCAUGGGUCUGGUAAGAUCUGUGGAAUGGUGCCGGCUGCCUGCCCUGCCUGCCCCGGGGCGCUUUCGGCAUGGAGCUGCCAGCCUAACAGGAAGUGAACUCUAUGUGUGUGGGGGACAGGAUUUCUACAGCCAUGCCAACACUCUGGCUUCAACUCUCAGGUGGAGCUCCAGUCAAGAAGACUGGGAGGAAAUGGCACCUUUGGGCCAGGCUCGGAGCUUCUUCCCUCUGGUGGCGUUCGACGGAGAACUUUAUGCCCUGGGUGGACGGGACGAUGGUGUUGCCCUUAAUUCCGUCGAGGUCUAUAACCCUGAACUCAAUGUCUGGAGGCCGGCACCUGCUCUCCCAGGACCACGCUUUGCCCAUGCAGCUGCUGUCCUCGAGGGCCGAUUGUAUGUAAGCGGUGGCUGUAGCGGGACCGGCCAGUGCUUGGACUCACUGAUGCUCUAUGAUCCCAAACUUGAGCAGCCUGGGACACUUUUGAGCCCAAUGGGAGCAGCUCGGGCUGGUCAUGUGAUGGCUGCUCUGGGUGGGAGGUUGUAUGUGGCAGGUGGGGUAGGCGACACCGGGGACCUACUGAGCUUUGAAGUCUAUGAGCCAAAGACCGAUAGCUGGACCCACCUGGCCCCCCUGCCCUCCCCCCACGUGGGGGCUGCAGGUGCUGUGCUGCAGGGGGAGUUACUGGUGCUGGGGGGCUAUAGCCACCGUACUUACGCCAUUUCCCACCUCGUCCACGCCUACUGCCCCGGUCUGGACCGCUGGCUCUGCCUGGGAACUCUGCCGAAGCCUCGGGCUGAGAUGCCUGCCUGCAUCCUGACGUUGCCCAGCGUGCGGCACAUAGCUUUGGUUCCUACCCAGCACCAAAACAAACCUGCUGGGUGACUGAGAGUCAGCAGCGCAUGGGGGAGGAAGGGAUGAGAAAACCGUGACAAAAGGACAGGAAUUACGAGAGGAUAAAAGAGUUGUGCUUGCUUGCUUACUUUUAAAAAGCAUCAAAAAAAUAUAUCAUUAGGGAGGUUCUUGUUAUUGUAGCUCUGGCUGGCCUUGAGCUUGAUGUAUAGCCUAAGCUGGCCUCGAAGUCCUGCCUCCUGCAUGCACUAGCCCUCCUUAAUUGAGAGGUCUGAUAAUGAUGAUGGUGGUGAUGGUGAUGAUGAUGAUGGUGAUGAUGGUGAUGAUGAUGAUGAUUGACAGGGUCUUGUGUAUCCCAGGCUGACUUACAACUCCCUAUGUCAUCAAGAAUGACUUUGAGCUCUUAAUCCUCCUGCCUCCAUCUUGAAAGAAUUGGGUUCACAGGCAUAUAUUACCAUACCUGAUUUGUGUUAGAGAUCAAACUCAGGACUUCUUGCAUGCUGAGUAGGUACCAAACCAGCUUAACUACAUCCCUAACCCUAAAAGAAGGCUUUGUUCCUUUUUGUUUGCUUGUUUUGUAUUUAAAUUGUUUAGUAUUUAUUUAUUUUAUAUGUAUGGGUAUUUUGCUUGCGUGUAUAACGUGAACCAAGUGUUUACCUGGUGACUGCAGAGGCCAGAAGAGGGCAGCAGAUUCUGUGGAACUGGAGUUACAGUUGGCUGUGAGCAACCGUUUGAGUCCUUGAAACCGACCCCUGGGUCCUCUAGAACAGCAGCAAGUGCUCUUAACCGCUGAGCCAUCUCUCUAGCCCGCAUGUUGUGCUUUGAGGCAGACUCGUUAUGUAGUGCAGACGGGAAUGCUUGAUUCUUAUCAGUAUUUUACUCCACCCUGGACCUUGCAGCUCAUACAAUGUCUUAUCUUGACAGUUCUGGAACUCAUGGGAAAUGGGUCUUGGGAGAAGGGCUGGCAAAUGAAUACCCCGGGAAGACAGGCAGGCAGGAAGAACUCCACAAGGAUUGAUGGUUAGUUGGGAGCUAAAGCCGGAGCUCAUUGACGGAGGGCCUCCUUAGCAUAGGUAAGGUUCUGGUUCAAUAAUCCCUGGCAUCAAAAAUAAAUCAAAGCUACAGAAACCAAACUUCAGCGGUCAAAACAUAGGGACCAGGAAAGGACCCUGGGGCAACUGGAAAACUGAUGGAGGAAUGUGUGGAAUGAGUUAAACAGUCCUCCCUUUGCUGACACGUUCCUGUUUUACUCUCCCGUCUCAGGAGACCUACAUCCUCCUAACAACAUUCUUUCUAGGGUAGGUUUGUAGGUCCAUCUGGCUCCAGAGGCUGCCUGUAGAGUCUUUUGGUUCCCACGUGAGACGGACAUCCCCGUUAGGUCUAGACAUGGCGGUGCACACUGGGAACCCUGGCUUUUGAGGGUUGGGAGCAGGAGGACUUGAGGUCAUUUUAAGAGAGCAAAAAAAAAAAAAAAAACAAACAAACCAACAAAACAAACAAGAACACCAAGAAGGAGACGCUCCCAUCAGGAUUUGGACUGCGCACCUGGGGACCUGAGGCCGGGGUGAGAUGGGAGUAUUCAUGGGGGGAGGGAGGAGAAAGACAGAGGCCAAGGAGACAGACUAGUGUCCAUGGUGGAAACUGGGACGUAUGAGGCUGAGAAGAUGGAAGAAUCCGUGUCUUUCCUCCCCUUUGAUGAGCUCAAGAAUCAGGACUAGAAAAGGGACAAUUGUGUGAGGUCCUCUGGCCGAGGAAAUCGAAGGCCAAAAGACUGGGAGAGCAGUUUCUUCUCGUCAGUCCCUCUCCUUCAUGUUCUUUUGAGCCUAUUUCCCCUCUUUGUGUGUGUGUGUGUGUGUGUGUGUGUGUGUGUGUGUGUGUGUAGGUUUUUGUUUGUUUUAGACAAGGUUGCAUGUAGCCUAGGCUAGCCUUGAACUCAUUGUGUAGCUGAGAUGACCCUGAACUUCCAAUCCUCUUGCUUCUAACACCAGAGUGUUGGGAUUACAGGAGUGGGCCACCAUGUGAAACUAUAUGUCUCUGUUUGAGACAGACAAGGACUACAGUUGAAAAUGAAAAGGGUUAAGUAGAAUGUAUAAAAAAAGAAAGAAGAUUGGAGAAGAAAAGGAAGAAGGAAAUUGCUAGUGAUUUGUUCAUAACGAUGGCUGUAAAUAAAUGUUUCAUACUGACAAAA